AUGACGAUAACAGAAGCACAAGAGGUUCCAGUUGGUGGGCAAGAUGACUCCACAAAGGCAGUGAUCACCUUGCAGCCUCCAUGGGUUAGUGUAUUCCAAGAGGAAAAUGUAACCUUAUGGUGUGAGGGACCCCAUCUGCCUGAGGACAGCUCUACACGGUGGUUUCUCAACGGCACAACCAUUCAGACCUUGACCCCCAGAUACAGAAUCACUGCUGCCACUGUCAAUGACAGUGGUGAAUACAGGUGCCAGACAGGUCUCUCAGUGCCAAGUGACCCUAUACAGCUGGAAAUCCAUAGAGAUUGGCUACUACUCCAGAUCUCUAACAGAGUUUUCAUCGAAGGGGAUCCUCUGGCCUUGAGGUGUCAUGGAUGGAAGAAUAAGCUGGUGUACAAUAUAGUUUUCUACCAAAAUGGCAAAGCCUUUAAGUUUUCUCCGCAGGAUUCUGAAUUCACCAUUCUGAAAACCAACCUGAGUCACAAUGGCAUCUAUCACUGCUCAGGCAUGGGAUGGCAUCGCUACACAUCAGCAGGAGUAUCUAUCACUAUAAAAGAGCUAUUUCCAGCGCCAGUGCUGAGAUCCUCCUUGUCAUUCCCGCUCCUAGAGGGGAAUCUGGUCAACCUGAGUUGUGAAACCAAGUUGCUCCUACAGAGGCCUGAUUUGCAGCUUUACUUCUCCUUCUACGUGGGCAGCAAGACCCUGAUGAGCAGGAACACAUCCUCUGAAUACCAGAGACUAACUGCUAAAAGAGAAGAUUCUGGGCUAUACUGGUGUGAGGCUACCACAGAAGAUGGAAACGUCAUCAAGCGCAGCUCUGAGUUGGAGCUUCAAGUGCUUGGCCUCCAGUCACCAACUUCUGUCUGGUUUCAUGUCCUUUUCUAUCUGGCAGUGGGAGUAAUAUUUUUGGUGGACACUAUUUUCUGUACGAUAAUACAUAAGGAACUUCAAAGACAGAAAAAGUGGAAUUUAGAAAUCUCUUUGGGCUCUGGUCAUGAGAAGAAGGUAACUUCCUACCUUCAAAAAGAAAUACAGUCAGAAGAAGAGCUGAAAUGUCAGCAAUAAGAAGAACAGCUGCAGGAAAGGACACUCCAGAAGAAGCCCCCGGAGGGAAAGAAGAAGCGGCAGCUUAGUGGGUGCCCAGACAUCUAGACAGUCCCUCCCCCUUCCUCUCUGGGUAAGCACUGGGGCACAAACAUCCACAAGUUGAAAGACACUAGAACUGUGAGUCCCAUGUCAUCUAACUCUUAAAUAAAGCAAAUAAAUAAGCUGA